AUGAAGGUAUUUCUGUUUUUAUUCGCAUCGCUUUUCUGCGGAGUGCAGGCCUUGAUACCUGCUUCAGUUGCUCAGCAUGCCGAGACGUGCGAGCCGGCUAACAGGUACAUGAGAACCUCGACCACCUCGCACACUGAGUCUGCUGAUGCCAGCUCUCAAUACCCCUCACUACAGUUAAGCACUGUGACCGAUUUUUACAACAGCGUAUACGAUGGUGCUAAGCGUAUGUUCGACAGCCUUUACGCUACUAUUGCAACCUUUGGAACUACGGCUCCAACCACUACCACCGCUGCAGCUACCCAUGAAGCUACCGCCACAACCACCACUGUCUCCUCCUCCUCCUCUGAAAUGAGUGGCUCGCCAUACAACUAUCUUACCCCCGAGGCAGCCUCAAGUGUCGUUGCUGGACUACAAGGCGCCGCUCAGGAUGCAUUGCAGAACAUCAAACAAUCCCUCCCUAAACUUGAGGACCACGGAGUUGACGCCGAGAACAUCUCUAAGGUAGUUACCGACACAUGCAAUACUGCAAGUAAGUACUGCUCCUGGCUCAAUGACAAAGCCACCCACGCAAUCAACGGUGCUCUGAGGACAACUGCUGUGAACGUUACAACCAGCUAG